CUCCAAUGAGAGAGCCCGGCUAUGGGAGCACAGAUCCGGCCCGGAGGCCCACCAUUUCAAGAACAAGCGGCCCGGGGACAGGGUUACCCGCCACGCCCGCUUCGGCAGCCGUCCAAUACAUAUCGGAGCCGGCGGGGCUGGCUUUUGGUGUAAACGAGCAGCGGAUAUCAAAUCCAACCAGACAUCAUUACUGACGAGAGAUUAUAGCUCAGCAAGCUUGCUGCUGUAUCCUCUGCAUCAUGAUCAAACCAAGCCAUAUUGAACGGACGGCUAAUGAGCCCCGGGACCCGUCCUUACGCACCCUAACCAUCUCCUGCAUCACCGAAGUGACACCCACCAUCCGCCUCCUCCGGCUCGACAUUCCACCAAACGACAGCAUCAAAUUCCUACCGGGGCAAUGGGUAGACCUCUACCCGCCAGCAGACGCCAAUGCCGCCAAACCAGGCGGCUUCACCAUCACCUCGUCUCCCACCCUUGCCCAGCCAUCAACAUCAUCAUCAUCACCACACCCCAACGCCACGACGACGACGACGCGAACACGGUCACCCGACGACAGGGGCGGGAACCGGGGACAACAAAAUGUACAAGUACAGCAUGGCGGCUACAUCGAACUAGCGAUCCAGGCCUCCCCGCCCAACCCAGCAGCAGCCUACCUCUUCCGCCCCUUGUGUGAGCUCCUUUACAGCCAUGUACAGGUUCGCAUCGGGGGCAGCUUCACUUUCCCCCCGCCAUCACUGUCCGACCACGCCAACCCAUCCCUGCGCAAGAUAGUCUUCGUCGCCGGCGGGAUGGGCAUCAACCCGCUGAUGAGCAUGCUCAGCUGGCUUGGCGAGCAGGUGGUAGCUGAUGAUGACGGAGGGGGUUUUGACAUUGAAGAGGUGCGGGUGCUGUAUAGCGUCAAAGAUCCCGCACGAAGGACGAACGAUGACAAUGGCCAUGGCGUGGUGCGGAAGGGGGCAGAAAUACUCUUCCUGGAGCGGAUUGCGGAGUUGUUUAGAGGUUCGCGGCGGUUGAGGGGCGGGUUGCAGCUGUUCCUCACUGGAAGCAAUGGGGACACGUCUGGGGAUGGUGGGGAUGUCGUGAGGUGUGCGGACGGGGUUGAGGUGCCGUUUCUAUGUAGGAGGGUGGCCGUGAGGGAUGUGGAAGAGGCGGUUGGGUGCGAUAAGGACGACGCAGUGGUGUAUGUUUGCGGGGUGCCGGCCAUGACUGACGAGUUUGUGCAGGCGCUGGUGUCUCCCGACGGUUUUGGCAUGGAUCAGAAGAGGAUCUUGUUUGAGAAAUGGUGGUGAUCAGUUCAGGGGAAUAAUCCGGCAUCUGAUGACGAUGAUGGCACUCUACAUACCUGCUUGCACUACUAGUACAUCGCAUCGUGUAGGCCUCUCUCAUUGCUGUCCGGGAACAUCAAUACGUAGCUGUAUAACCCUGACGCCCUGCUAAA